GUGAGCGGCGUAGAGCAGACCACGGCUGCGAACUUUGAGGCGAGACACUCCUACACGCUGGAAGACCUGUUCUGGAACAGGACGUUCGAGCCAUGUGUGUCCAUCAACAAGGAUGGCCAACAUACCGUGGAUCUGCAAAAGUUCCAUUGCAGUCACAUGAACAGAGACGAGGCCGUGGCUCUGGUGCCUGAUCGCGCUGUGUCUGUUCGGACACACCACUCCUUCCGUGCGACCCUGGAACCACAGGUGGCAGAUUGGACGAUUUACCGCCGUGGGAGAGCCCCACUUGGAGCUACUCUGGAUGAGCUCUUUGCAUACAGGACACACAGUCACUCCGAUCUCUUCACUCGGCAAAACAGUUACAAUGCUGGCGAUUCCCCGUAG